ACCUGUUUCUUUUGCAAUUUUGUGUGAAAACUAUGGAGGAAUCCAUGUGGAUCCGGAAAUAACGGAAUAUUUAUGUGCUCGAUUUCCCCCCGUAUUUUAUCUAGUGGUGAUUCUCGUGUGUACUAAGGGAUGUCACAAGAACCUCACCACAGUUUCGACACGCUAUGGGUUGUAUGAGCACCAAACUGGUGCCUGAAGCCCCACCGAACGCACACCUGGUUGAAACCGUUUUCAGACAGGACGGGAAGACCAGGAACAACCGACAUGAUGCUGACAUCAAAACACAAACCCAUCUCCGUCCGCGAGAAGCGACGUCUCGCCAGGUCAACAACGACCACGAAGGCUCCGUUCAGGGGCCUCGCACGAACAAAAAGGUGAAAAAAUACAGGGAUAAAUUCGAUUCGAAAGUCACAGCUAAGUAUGAUAUAAAAGCCCUGAUCGGGAGAGGGAGCUUCAGUCGAGUUGUACGGGCCGAACACAGAAUCACAAAACAACCCUACGCAAUAAAAAUGAUCGACAGAGUACAAGGAAAAGAGGUGUUCGAAGCAGAGUUGAACGUUUUACGGAGGGUGAAACAUGUGUAUAUAAUCCAGUUAGUUGAAGUGUUUGAAUUUGAAGCUUCUGAAAAAGUUUACAUGGUUAUGGAACUUGCUACGGGGGGAGAGCUUUUCGAUCGGAUCAUCGCUAAAGGAAGCUUCACAGAAAAGGAUGCCACGAGAGUAUUGACAAUGGUUUUAGAAGGGGUCAAAUAUCUACAUGGGUUAGGCAUAACACAUAGAGAUCUCAAGCCGGAAAAUUUGUUGUACUACCAUCCUGGGCAUGAUUCCAAAAUCAUGAUCACAGAUUUUGGCCUAAGUGCAAUGCUAAAGGGGCCGGACAAUCUAAUGAGGACCACCUGUGGGACGCCAGAGUACAUUGCCCCAGAGAUUCUGGCCAGGAAACCAUACACCUGCCAGGUUGACCUGUGGGCAAUAGGUGUGAUAACAUACAUUCUUCUAAGUGGGACAAUGCCAUUUGAUGAUGAGAAUAGGACGAGGUUGUACAGGAUGAUUAUAAAGGCUAAAUACAGCUAUGUAGGAGAGCAUUGGAGAGAUGUGUCUGCACUGGCUAAAGAUU